UUCUUUUUUUCUUUUUUUUUAAGAAAAACGAAACUUAAUGUUCGCGCGCUUUUCUCUGUAACUCUGCGCAGGUGAAGUCCUUUCAACAUGGCAGAGAAGCCGCCACUGCGUGCAGUGGACUUAGACCACAAUCAGUUAUGCUGUUCGGUGUGUUUGAGCCUAUUCAGAGAGCCUGUCACCGUCCCUUGCGGACACAGCUACUGCAGGAGCUGCAUUGAGGUCUGCUGGCAGCAGGAAGAGGCGGCGAAGGGUCGGUACAGCUGCCCGCAGUGCAGGGAGGUCUUCCAGUCUCGUCCUAUUCUAGGGAAGAACAACAUUCUGGCUGAGGUUGUGGAGAAGCUGAAGGGGACAAGCACCAAGCAGACCUCUCUCUCUGCUGGUCUAAACAGUGCUGGUCCAGAAGACGUUGCUUGUGAUUUCUGCUGUGGGACUGAAAGAAACAAGGCCUCCAUGUCAUGUCUAACGUGCUUGGCAUCAUACUGCGAUUCUCACCUGGUGCCUCAUUAUAGAGUUCCUGUGCUAAAGACGCACCAAUUGGUCUCGGUCACAGUCUCACUGAAGACAAAAAUGUGCAAGGCACACAACAAGCUGAUGGAGGUCUACUGUCAGACUGACAAGAGCUGUAUCUGCUAUCUGUGCGGUAUAGAUGAACACCGGGGACACCAUAUUGUUUCAGCUAUAGCAGAAAGAGCCACAGAGCAGAAACAACUGAUUGAGAAUCAAACCAUAAACCAGAAAAGACUCCAUGAUAGCGAACAUGAGCUGAAGCAGUUGGGGAAAGCACUCAAGGAUUUUAAGAGUUGUAGCCAGACUGCAGUGGAGGGCGUUGACAACAUCGUCGAUAUGUUGAUUUCCUCCAUACAAAAAAAACACCAUUUGGCAAAGCAGAUGAUCACCAUGAGAGAGAAACAAGCCGUUGCUGAGGCUGAAGAGCUGCAGCUCCAGCUAAAGGAGGAGAUCACCAAACUGAGGAAACGAAAGGAUGACCUUCAGAAGCUUUCUCUUACCAGCGACCAUGUUCAUUUCAUCCAGACUUUCCCAGCUCUUUCCACUUCAUGCGAAUCUCCAGACCUGCCACCAGGUGCUGUUGUUCGACCUCGUGAGUCAAUGGAGACUGCCUCUCAGUUUAUGGGUAAACUGAAAGAUGACAUAGAGCACCUCCUUGAGGACUUCUUGCCCAAAUUUUCUGCCAAAGUGUCUGCAGUAAAUGUGCUGCUGCCACCUGUGCCAAAGUCCAGAGAACAAUUUUUACUCUAUAGCCGUAUCCUAACACUCGAUGUCAACACUGUCAACAGCUAUUUGGCCAUCUCUGAAGAGCAACGGCGGGUGACUUAUCAAACCAACUGCGUGUACUAUUCUAGUCACUCAGACAGGUUUGGGAGUAUGCAGGUGUUGUGCAGAGAGGCUCUGUCAGAGCGAUGCUACUGGGAGGUCCAUUGGAAAGGUUCCUUUUGUGCAAUAGCUGUGGCGUACAAAGACAUCUGCAGAUCAUCGAAUGGGUCAGAGUUUGGAUUUAAUGACAAAUCAUGGAGCUUGGAGUUCUCCAAAGAUACCUAUACUUUCCGACACCGUUAUAAAACAAAAACGCUGUCAGGCCCUCUGUCUUCCUGCAUCGGCGUGUACCUGGAUUACAAGGCAGGCACUCUGGCUUUUUACAGCAUCUCUGAAAAGAUGACCCUGCUCCACAAAGAGCAGACCACGUUCUCUCAGCCCCUUUAUCCUGGGUUCGGGUUAAAGUGCCCUGCUUAUUACACACAAGGUUAUGUAGAGCUGGUGAAGUUGUGGUGAUGAAGCUGACGUGUAACUGAGCAGUUAUUUACCAAGAUGCAAAACAACUAAACUUGUUCAACUUUUUUGUAGAGUUCUGGUUAUCAGCUUAAGUUUUCGAUCUAGUAUUUACACUUUUACUCAGGACACUGUCUGUUAUAUUGAGGCGAAUGGCAUAAUUGUUCUUCUGAUAAAUGUUUUGUCUGCUGUAUUUGGUAGUUUUAUUUGUAAUAUGAUUUUUCUAAAUCAUAUUACUUGCCAAAGCCUAAUAUCCGUGUGUUUAGUCUUCUGUUACUUUCUCAUUUUGAAGCUUCGUUUAAACAACUAUUCCAAGUUUAUUUAUACUGUCAAAUAUGUUUGAAUAAAGUGUCUAAGAUAUAAUUAAAAA